AACCCUUUCAAGUGUCAGAUCUGUCUCUUCUUAAAGGAGCGCUGAUCUUCAUCACAUAGAAGUGCCUUCGAAAGGAAGACAAGAAGCAUACAAAGAAAUGUGUGGCUUUAUUUAUCUCUGUGAUCCCUUUAAUCAGACCAUAUAUGGGCUCUUAUUUUCUUCUUCUCUCUUAGGUAUAAAGCUUGGUGUCUUGGAGGUAAAAGAACCACAUAAAUAACACAGGUGCAGCAUCAAAUACUGUAGCUGCCUGCUUCCAGUUCUGGCCAUGAAAGGAGGAGGAGCCACCUCCUAUAACAGCAGUCAUUCAGUGCCUUGCACAGGGGAUUAAUUAGCCCAAUUUAUUGUCUCACGCACGUCGAGAAGCUGGAAGCAAAGAAAGAAGUAAUUUUUUCCUUGCUCUGUUGUUUCACAGUUGAUGCCUCAGGGUUGCAGUGUGUGACUGACAUGCACGAACAUUUACAUCUCUCUCUGCCCAUUUCUUCCCAUUGUGUCAACAAUGGAUGUGGUAGGAAAUCAAACCACUCACAGAGAUGCGCUGCCUCCUCGUUUUUCCUGGCUGAGAUUCAGAGGACAAGUUGCUGCUAACCAAUAUCAUCUGGUAUUACAGAAGGGAAACCUGUUAACUUAGCUCUCAUUUACCCACAGUCUUCCAUUAAUCAUAAUCUUAAUUCUAUUGAGGCAAGCCCUGCUUAGACAUAGCUGAGGCAGAGGGAACAAACCUUGUUCCUAAACAAGAUGGCUGUCUCUCUUGAGGAGAAGGCUAUGUCAGGUAGUCCCAUUUUUCCCGCAUCAAACCUAUGGCCUGAACUCCUGGCGGCAUUCCUUCUACAGAUGGGAUCCUGGGAGUGCUUUGGUAGGAAACAGCUCUUAGGCCAUUAGGAGAGCUUCGUGUGAUGGGGCAGCAUCAGGGUAAUUACCAGGCCAGCUGUUCCCUUCUCCCACCGUUCGGCGGGUGCUGCCUGAGCCUGCUGCCGUUCCUCUCGGAUCCGUUCACUGAUCACAGUGCUGCAGCUUUUCCAGGGGGCAGUGGGCACAGUGCCACAGUAUGCUGUGAUGCUCACUGAUAAUCCCAGCAUUGGCCAGGAUUUCCUACAGUAUCACUUUUUAAUAUAGUUAUGAUUCAUGUUAACAUUUGUUUAGAAAGCAGGGCUUGCAGGUCAGCAGGCCUUCGCUUGGCCUUUUUUUGAGGCUAGAUGCAAGCUGCCAUUGAUGGGAAAAUUAUUUGAGUGCAGCCUGUGGGAUUUCGUCAGUUCUGCACUCUCCCAAAGGAGUUUUAGGAUUGCCCAUUCCCUGCCAUGGGGAUUAUUUCCAGACCCAUAACUCUGAAGCAAAGGCAGAGCUACUCAGCACAAGCACAGGUAGGAGGCACCGAAGCCAAGCAUGGUUUAGGUUUUUGCACAGAGCAUGGUAACUCUCCAAAGAGCUGUUCUGGAAUCACCAGCUAUAGACUUACAGACGCUUUGGGCAGUGACAGAGCAAACCCCUUUGCUUACCUCAGGCCAGGAAAUGUUCCACAGCUCUCGGGAGGUCUGAAUCACACUGCGCCCUUUCUUGCAUUGUCCCGUUGGCUUUGUCCUCCCGCAGUCCCACCACAGGCCUUAGAGGUAUGUAACACCACUGAUGUGAGUUAUGAUCCUCAGCUUCUGAGAACAGUUCUGUGUUUAAGGAAGUUGCUCUAGCAGGGAUAUACAGCCCCAGAGGGCAAAACAAAGAGGAGAAGACACAACGAAUAGCAAAGGGAUGUGAAGUUAUCUUCCAAGAUGACUCUUCUACCUGGAGAAAAUUCUGAUUAUGACUAUAGUGCCCUCAGCUGUGCUUCAGAUGCUUCCUUCAACCACGCAUUCUUCCCCGAAACAGAAAGCCUCAAGGGCGUCUUCUACCAAAGAGCCAAGCUGAUUCACCCUGAAGAGGAUCUCCUGAAAGGCUUUCACCCUGACGACCGGAAGCAUCAUAUCAUCAUAAAUGUGGGGGGCAUUAAGUAUUUGCUCCCGUGGACCACACUUGAUGAAUUCCCAUUGACACGCUUGGGACAACUAAAAUUCUGCAACAAUUUUGAUGACAUUCUAAACAUCUGUGAUGAUUACGAUGUGACGUGCAAUGAGUUCUUUUUUGACCGCAACCCAGGAGCGUUCAGGACAAUCCUGACCUUUUUGAGGGUUGGAAAGCUUCGGCUCCUGCGUGAGAUGUGUGCGCUGUCUUUUCAAGAAGAGCUGCUCUACUGGGGAAUUGAGGAAGACAACUUGGAUUGGUGCUGUAAGAGGAGAUAUCUGCAAAAAAUGGAGGAGUUUACAGAAAUAAAUGAACGGGAGGAUGACCUUAUAGAAAAUGAAACAACAGGUGAAACAGUAGAGGAAACAAAAGUUGGCUUGUGCAUGAAAAAGUUGCAGGACAUGGUAGAACGACCCCAGUCUGGCCUCCCUGGGAAGGUGUUUGCUUGUUUGUCUGUUUUAUUUGUAACUAUUACAGCAGUGAAUUUGUCCAUCAGCACCAUGCCUGACCUGAGGGAGGAGGAGGAUAAGGGUGAGUGUUCCCAGAUGUGCUACAAUAUUUUCAUUGUGGAGUCUGUCUGUGUGGCAUGGUUUUCACUGGAGUUCCUGCUGAGAUUCAUCCAGGCAAAGAGCAAGUUUGCAUUUUUGAGGAGGCCGUUAACUCUGAUCGACAUAAUAGCUAUUUUGCCGUAUUACAUCACCUUGCUGGUAGACACCACUUCGGUGGGCUACAAGAAGCCCAGCUCUGGGAGCAUCUACCUGGACAAAGUCGGUCUGGUCCUCCGGAUACUCCGUGCCUUGAGGAUUCUGUACGUCAUGCGGCUGGCCAGGCACUCCCUGGGGCUGCAGACGCUGGGCCUGACCGCCCGCAGGUGCACCCGGGAGUUCGGGCUCCUGCUGCUCUUCCUCUGCGUGGCCAUCGCACUGUUUGCACCGCUCCUGUACGUCAUUGAGAAUGAGAUGGCGGACUCACAGGAGUUCACCAGCAUCCCCGCGUGCUACUGGUGGGCUGUCAUCACCAUGACCACGGUAGGCUACGGAGAUAUGGUUCCCAGGAGCAUUCCCGGCCAAGUGGUGGCGCUGAGCAGCAUCCUGAGCGGCAUCCUCCUCAUGGCUUUCCCAGUCACUUCCAUCUUCCACACGUUCUCGCGCUCCUACAUUGAGCUGAAGCAGGAACAGGAAAGAAUCAUGUACAGGAGGGCACAGUUCUUAUUAAAAACGAAGUCUCAGAUAAGCAAUGCAUCACAGGGGAGUGAUAUUUUGUUUCCGAGUAUCUCUACUGACAACAGGGCAAUGAGUGACAUUUAAGUUGCUGUUUUUCCUCAUGUUGAAUAACAUUUUGUUAUAUCAGAUUCCAUCUUUUACUUUGCUUUGGAAGCAUUUUACAGAGGUUACCCUCAUUUUGAAAGGAGGAAAAGGGGCUGCUAACCAGGAACUGAUGUGGUUUAAGAAGUCUCCAAUUAUGUUGUUUCUUCCCCCCAACCUUCCCAGUGUUACGCUCAGGACAGGGCUUUCGCAGAGAUCACACAGUGGGUUUUUAGGGUUCAGAAGUUCUCUGACAAAAAUAACAUAUCAUUCUGUACUCAAGAGGAUGUUUUGUCUUUUGUACUGCACAUUUUUUCCAACUGAAUCACAAUGUAUAUAAUCAUAAGCAGGCUGUCAUUUUUCUUGUAUAUAAAUAAUGUAAAUACAACAAAAUUAAUGGCUAAAUUCUCUCCCAGUAAAAUGCCUUAGAGCAUGAUCGAAAUAACCGCAGAGGUUUGUCCCACUGUGCUCUUAAGGAACAUAAAGUCAGAUUCGUCAUUCACAACAGCAGCCGUACAUUUCUUUGUAAGUCAGCCCUAAACAUGCCAGGAACAAAAAAAGAGCCGAGCUGUUUGUAUCAUAACCUCACUGAAGAUGCAGAUACUUAGAGCUCAUCAGCUCCAAAAUUUAAAUGAAGUUACAGUAUUGAUCCUGUGUCAUUGAAUGCAGGAUUCCAAGGAACAGUCUUUUGAGUUCUGUAGCGUUUAAUAUUAUCAAGGGGACACUAGCUGCAAAUGAAAUGAAAUAUGCAUGGUAAGAUGCCAGUCGUUCCCUACCAUCUGUUUCCAUGUUUUUACUUUACCUCAGAUAUGAAACAGAAUUAAGGGAGGCCUGUUUCCAGGGAACACCCUACUGUUGCUUGUCGAAUCAAUAUUGCAGCUACCCAUUCACAUUCAGCAUUGGGUUCUUUAGAGGGAGCAGAAAAUAUGUGGUCGUGGGAAGCUGCCACUGAUGACAAAAAAAAAGAAGAAAAUAUCAUUUGAGUCAUGGAGCGGGGGGUGCUGACAGCUUUAUCCUUUCCUGUCCUCAAUCAUGAGGGACUUAAGAGUUGAUUAACUAUACCUUUACCAGCAUUAAAGACAUCAUAGUAAUGGAGAAAACUUUGAAUAGGCUAUGGAAAUGCAGUUAAGGCCCUAAAGGACAACUGUAUGAUAUUUCUCCACACAGGUUCCCCACUGACAACUGGGGCAGUACCUGGGUCAGGGAGGAGCUCAGGUUUGGCACCUGCCCCUAUGCAGAGAAGUGCCAGGCCUCCCCUUUGUUGUGGAGGGAAUGAGACUGGUUUGCAUAACAACACAGGAGACAAACUCCAGAACUUAAAAAAAAAAGAAGUAUGAAAUCCACUCGUUUGACUUCGUGUGUGCUCAGACCUAAAGAAGACAUAAACUCAUGAAUUGCACUUUUUUUCCCCCCCAUUAACUGUUAGGAGGUAGGGAGAUUUGAAAGUUCCCAUCACAUUUACUAAUGCUUCUCUACGCCAGUUUGCAGAAGCCCUGUUGCUUACUGGCUUGGUUGAUGGGAGUGCCAGCAUGUACGAUGGUUUGCUGUAUUUGAUGAGAGCCAAAAAACAUAGAAUUUGUUCCUCAGCCCAAGCUGGUUGGUCAAGCACUCCUUACACUGUUUUUUUUUUCAAGUAUCUUAAAUAAAAUUUGAAGGUGUUUUGCUACACUUAUUUUUAAGGAAUAAUUCCCAAACUUUAAAAAGUGCACUUUACAAAUAAUUAGGGCUCUAAAAAUCUGCUGCUGUAGAAAAAUGUGCCUAUGGAGCAUUCCUACAGAGAGCUAACACACCCAGCAUAAACUCUCGGCAAUUAAUUAUGUGCCAGAGCUAAGAACAUAACCAGCUUUUCACUCUUGUUCAGCUUUAAUUAGAGUUGGAUAAAAAACAGGAACAUCGUGACAAAAAAGGGACACAUUUUCCAUCCAAAAUACUCUUAAUUUCAAAAAUGUUUGAUCAUCUGUAGCAUUGGCUACAAUACAAGUGCUGUAUAUCCUCCUUUUGUGUCAGCAUUCAUUACAGAAAGAAGUGGUAAUUAGACUGGUCCUGUGAGCAACAGUUGCCUAUCUCAGACUGUGUGUGACAGGCUGAGCUGUACGUUUGGAAGUGAGAAGGGAGAAAUCGAGACUCAUCAAAUAAAACCUAACCUUAUUUCCCUUUUCUUCUAGCUAACAAGUCCAUCCAUUUUUUCAGCGUCUCUACAUUGAGCUCAUGGUCAUUUAUUUCAUGUGUCACUUUAUUUUAAUCCCAGAAUUAUAACUUGAUUCUCAAGUCCUUGUCCAGAAAAAGAGAGAUCGCCCUGAAGCUGGGUGUUGGUAGAGCAAACCUGUGACAGCAUCCCUCCUGCUGGGAGCUCUGCCUGAGCCGGGAACAAAUCAGCCUGGCAGGAUGAACCCUUCUAUAAUUUUGUACUUGGCAGCACAUCACUUGUAAGUGCAUCAACAUGUCUCACUAUGAAUCACUGUAACAAACUUGCUUCUGUUUUACACAAGGUAACGCAUGCUGUAGUCCAUAUGCUAAAUAAAUCCAGAUACACGUCUUAA